AUGAUAACGAAGGCAGUAGAAGCUAGUGGAACAGUUACUAUUACAACUGUAACCCAGCAACUAUUUCGAACAAAGAUGGAUUUUAAUGAAUGUUUCAUUCAUCCAAAGUCAUUCUCUUUAGACCCUAACAUUUAUACAGAACUUGUAGAACAUUAUACAAACGAGGCUUUAUGUUUUCCUGUUAAAGUUAUGGAUUGGAUUCCUAUGGACGGUUCAUUCUCAAAGAAUACAGAUAGUUCAAGUGCAACAUUUACAGCAGCUUAUACGCCUAUUAAUGUUAAAAGUAUUUGGGCACUAUUUAGAAAGAAAGACAACUAUUAUGUUAAUUUUGAGAACCCUAAGUUUAAAUAUCUUCAGCUUUCCAUGGGAGCUUAUGGAAAUAUGCCUGCAGAACCUGAAAAAUCAUAUGGACCUGUAUUUUAUGAAAUGGUUGCGAACGCCUGCAAUACAAACAAUGAUAUGAUAGGAUUUAAUGAAGAUGUUAUGAGGUCAUUGGUGGAUGAUGGUAGUGUGGAACAUAAAUGGGAUAGCUAUGACAACACACAUUUCUUAUGUGGUUUUCCAACAGAAGUGGACUUUUGCUUCCAGCAAGGUCAAACAUCUACUGCUCCAAUAACAUACAAAUUGUCUGUUAAAGGACCUAUUGAACUAGCAACUGAAAAUGUACCAAAGCCACUUAUUGGAUUUAUGAGGGAUUGUUGCUUUGCCAUUCAGGUGCGUGCUAAUGGAAUCCCAAUAAUAAGAUUAGAUGACUAUAACUUAGCUACGGACGACGGUGAGGAAUAA